CAUUUGAUGGGGAUAAGAAACUUGGCUAGGUUAUUACAUAAUGAUGCUUAAGAGAUAGCCACCAUUGAAUUUUGUUGAACCAUUUUUCUAUCCAAAAGAGGCGAGAUCGAAACUAUAGGUAGCCGGUAGGUUAUAGCUUGUGCAGUGGGACUUGCCGAUGUUAUGGAUUUACAUAAUAUCGAAGCAUAUACGCGUUUCCUUUACUUGGGUUCUUAUCUAUCUUAUUUCUCGUGAUUUUCUGUCUUAUCUUAGGUUUUAUUGGUGAAACAGUCUUGCUACAAGUUCACUGUGUGAAAUGGUGGAUGUGGAGAUUGUCUGAUUGAUCACUUGUGGUUUUUGAAUUAUCUUGAAAUGAGCCGAUCGCCUUCAUUUUCUCUGAGAUCGGAAUUUGCGGCAUCAGAAGUUGAUGAAAUAUCUUUGAAGCAAUGGGUGGUUGCAUUUUGUAUAAUUAGGUUUGACCUCGAGCAAGGUCAACUCAUCGAGGAGUGUUAUCCACCUGGCUGUCUUACACAAAACGAGGAGCUCGAAGUUUCCUUUAAUUCAUUCCCCGAUUCGGUUUCGCAGCACCAUAAUCGCUCAAGCAUCCAUGACUGUAUUUUCUUCUUCCGUAUAAGGCGGCACAGAAUUCCUCAAGUUUCGAGCAUGUCAUCGUCGUCAGAGAUUGUCGAAGUAGAUAACAAUAAUAAUAAUAAUAAUAAUAAUAAUAAAAAACUAACAGGGACAGAUGGGCAAAAGGGUAAAAACCCCAUCACCUAUAACUCAAGAUUCUUGUACGGCUUCGUUUUCAAUAGACAGAGGCACGAUGAAAGGCUAAAGAGAGGCGGCGAACAAAAAUCAGUGGUCAUUCUUUCACAUUGUCCUUACACUAGUGUGUUUAGACCUUUGUUACAAAUUAUGGGGCCGUUGUACUUUGACAUCGGAAGCAAAGCCCUUAACUAUAUUGCUGCUUAUGUAUCAAAAUGGCCGACACCUGUUCCUGGUCAACAAGUUGAACUUCCUAUCGGGAAUGCAUCACUUAAAGUCAACCUGCCACCUUCUCAUAGUUUGCCAUCAGAUAGUGGAAUCUUCGAAGAUUCCGCUUCCUCAUUGGCUCCCCUUCUCCCUUCAAAUCUAUCCAUCCCACAGGGUUUAUUUCACGACUCGGAUCUUUUCGGUACAUUUCGGGGACUAUUAAUGCAGCUUUGGAAGCUAUGGGAGCUUCUGCUUGUAGGUGAACCUAUCUUGAUUAUAGCACCGACACCUCCACAGUGUUGUGAAGCUGUUUCUGGUCUCGUUAGUUUGGUCGCCCCACUUCUUUUUAGCGUUGACUUCAGGCCUUAUUUUACUAUCCACGACCCAGAAUUUGCUAAAUUGAACUCUCUUCAAGAGGGUGCUUCUUUCCCUCCGAUGAUUUUAGGUGUCACGAAUCUUUUCUUCUUGAAAGCACUUCGUAGAAUGCCUCACAUCAUUUCGGUUGGGAAUCCUACGAAUCGUUUUGCUAUUGGUUCGAAGGGCUUGGGUGGAGGAGGAAUUCCUGGUCAACAGGAAGGUCAACAACUUUCUUUGAGGAAGUUUAGUCCUGCGAAUUUUUUAAAUGCUGUGAAAAUGAGAAGAGACGGUCCUUUGUGUUUAAUGACAGAGCAUAAAGAAGCUGUGUGGACGAAUUAUGGUGCAGUGACAAAGCCGGAUACUUCGAUCUUGAAUAGGCUUAUUGAUGCUGGGAUGUCUCCGAGAGUUGAGGAGUCGAUGUCGGUUGUGAACAAUGAUAUAUUGCGUCGCCAUUUUUUGGAGCUGACUACUAAUUUUUUGGCGCCUUUUGGUCCGUAUUUUAGAGCAAAUACACCAUCCGAAGCAUCAUCUCCGUUUGCCGAUCCGCCUCCACUGCCCACUUUCAAUGCUGAGGAGUUUUUAAUAAGCUUGUCGGCAAGAGGUCCUGGAAAGUUUUUGCUGAAGCGGAUGAGGUCGAAUUGGUUGGAUCUAUACAGGAAGUUCUUGAGAGGAUACAACUUCCUGCCUUGGUUCCGAAGAAAACGUGCAGUUGCUGAGCAAGAACAGUAUAAAUUGUGGAGGCAAGCUAGAGUUAAGACAGACAUACAACAGUUGAUAGGUAGAUUGUCCGAAUUGGAAAUUGUAGAUUCGUUCAAUGCAAUCCAGAGGCACCUUCUUGGGGAACUGCAGUAUGGAAGAGCGAAUGAAGAUACAGAAGCAGUGUGCAUGAAAUUGAAGAAAGAUCUGCAAGCUGUGUUUAAUGUUCUUCCAAAGGACAUGCAGCAACUCCUUAUUAUGAAACCCGAGAGUGCAUCGCUUCUAGAAGGAAGCAACGAAUGUUCCGAUCUUCCUCAGAGUAAUAAUUUGACGGAUAUUGUUGUGUCCGCCACCUCGCUCAGAUGACAUGCAAAAACGCAGUUUCAAAUUUUUUGUUAAUGGUGGACGAGUCUUGUUUAUUUCUUGAGUCUCCAUUAGGCCAAAUAUUAAUAUCUCAAACUAAGUCCAGAAGAAACCCGCAGGAAAUGGUGUUCGGAUCACCAACUUUUAGAAAGAGGUGGUUUUAGCAGGUUAGAGUAUAAAGUAGAAAGAAUGUUACGAGUUGAAGUUGUCUGAUUGUUGUACCUAGUCUUAGUUAAAGAAAAAUCUUUCGUUGGAUUUUUCGAGUAUUUAUUUGAUUUUUUCUACUUUACAUUUUACAACUUGUGAUUCUUCUUUACUUGUGGGAGUAGGUUUUUUGUUCAGGUUAUGAUAUUAUUACUAUUAUUAUAGGGCAACUACCGAUUGAGGUUUCAGUUUGUAAUGGUAGUAGCAGAUAUAACAUCUGUAAUAUAACGGCAUCUUUGAUAAUGGUUUUUCCCAUUCUAAUAUUUUAUAAAGUCGAAAAAGACAUUUUCAACUUCA